UAUUUAUUUAAUUAGUUAACUAAUCAUUGAGAAUACACAAUGAAUCCUUCAACAACAGCAUUUUGUAUUGUAUACGCUUCCACUUUAUUUCUAUCUUUUUUCAUUGUCAUUCCAAGCGGACUCAAUUUGACCGACUUUAACAAGAAAUGUGUUCUAUUUGCAACAGGUGAAUGGAAUGAAACAACAUCAGGCGAUCAUGAUUUGAAUAUUUCUUCAUGGGGAAAAUCAUCAGAUUGUAACUUUAUAAUGUUCAUGGGAAUUGUUUGUCUUUUUACAUCAUCUUUAUUACUAUGGAAGAGUGUUGUAUUUGUAUGCAAAGGAUUUGAAGGCUCACCGUUCUAUUCCUUCAUCAGCAUGAUUGGCUGUGCCUUGAUAACAUUUUGUUUAUUUGUUUGUUCAUUUAUAAUGUCUCUUGGAUAUUCAGCUUGGUGUGACCUUAUCCUGAGCAAACCAGAUAAUGAUAAAGUAUGCUGGAAAACCGAUCUGGGAAAUUUUGAUGAUAAAUAUAAUGUUGAUUCUGCAAGUUUUAGCAGUCAUCUUGAAAUAGCUGAGUUCGGUCUAUGGGGAUCAAGUCUUGGCUGGCUUGUUGCAACAUCUUUUUCAAUUGCCAAGGUCAGAUAUUAUCACAAGAAUGAAGAACUUUUACAAUCUCUCGCCUUCGAAAAAGACACUUUGAUUCCACAUCGAUUAAGAUAUCGAAGAAUUGGUGAAGAAGAUUUUGACUCAAUAAGUUGAUUUUGUCUCAAUUUUUCUCCAAUUAAUUUUUUUGCGCUAGUGUGUUACAAAGCUUCAUAGAGUUUUUCCAUUUCUUAUGUACUAAUGUAGUUGCCAUUUAAUUUUUUUCGCCUCUUGUAUAUUCUUUUCUAUUUAUUUUCCUGUACACAAUUUUAUAUUCUUCUCAAUUACAACACAAUAAAUAUUCCAGUCAUUUACUAUACAAUGGA